AGUGGUGUCUGACACAGAAAUGCAGAUGAAGCAAAGUUACGUGAGUUCAGGUUACCUGCCGGUGGCUGCUGUUGAAAAACAGUUUCAAAGACAUUUUGUAUCCCUCAGCCAUUGGUUAUCAAUGGAUCAAGUGACAUCCCUGCACAACGCUACAAACUUGAGGGAAGAAUGCACUUCUGGCAACGUAAUCAUUUUAAAGUGUUUGGCGUGCGGGAUGCGGGCCAGCUACGGGCCACGGAUUGUGGGGGGCAAUGCAUCCUUGCCACAGCAGUGGCCCUGGCAGGUCAGCCUGCAGUUCCACGGGCACCACCUCUGCGGAGGGUCUGUCAUCACCCCACGCUGGAUCAUCACUGCUGCACACUGUGUCUACGACUUGUACUUACCGAGCUCAUGGAGUGUGCAGGUUGGCUUUGUGACUCAGCAAGAUACACAGGUUCACCCAUAUUCAGUGGAAAAAAUUAUAUACCAUCGAAAUUAUAAACCCAAGACCAUGGGAAAUGAUAUAGCACUGAUGAAACUGGCAGCACCGCUUGCCUUCAAUGGUCACAUAGAGCCAAUUUGUCUGCCUAAUUUUGGUGAACAGUUCCCAGAAGGAAAAAUGUGUUGGGUAUCAGGAUGGGGAGCAACUGUUGAAGGAGGUGAUACAUCCGACACCAUGAAUUAUGCAGGUGUUCCCUUGAUUUCAAAUAGAAUUUGCAAUCACAGGGAUGUCUAUGGUGGGAUCAUAACCUCUUCAAUGCUUUGUGCUGGUUUCCUAAAGGGAGGGGUGGACACCUGCCAGGGAGACAGUGGGGGCCCUUUAGCAUGUGAAGAUAUGAGUAUCUGGAAGUUGGUGGGAACCACCAGCUUUGGAGUGGGCUGUGCAGAAGCGAACAAGCCUGGUGUCUACAGCCGAACCACCUCCUUCCUGGGCUGGAUACAUGAGCAGAUGGAGGUGUGGUUUUGCCCUGUCUCCAUCUCCAGUUGUAGCUUUGCUUCACCAGUUCCACACAGGAUUCAUCUCCUGUUUGUCACAGCUGACUUCUGCUGUAUGGCAAUGCGUGACACAAGAGUGCGUUUGUCCUGUAGAAGCUGAGUGGGGAGAAAUAAACUGGGGAGUGGGGAGAGAAGGUGGCUGGAAGGAGAGGAGAGCAGAGGCAAGGAAGUGAGGGGAUGCUGCAGCCGCCUUCACCUACCUGGGUGAGUCACAGCUCACAGGUAGGUAUCUAUACACGUGUCAUUCUCCUACCAAGACAAAACCACCCCAAGCACCAAAGAGUACAUCCCCUCCUGCUCUAGUCUGGUCCUCAGAGACAGAGGCACCAGUGCUGCUAUUCCAGCACCCAGUUUGCUGGAAUGACCAAUUUGCUGGAAUGAAUGAAUGAACAAAUUAAUGAAUGAACGAAUGAAUAGCAGUGGUGUUGUGCCAGCAGCAGCAGCAUGACUCCCAGCCCUGACACCUGCCUGUGCUGCCAAGGUGCCAUGUGAUGGAAUCACUCCUGCCUCAUCUUGCCUGUGAAACAAGCUAGACUUCCUCCACAAUCUGAAGUGCCAAUGUCAAGCACUUCCAGAUGAGGAAAUUCCCAAAAUAAGAGUAUGCGUGCAGUUUUAGCUCAGCUCUGUCUGCAUACUGUAUGACACAUGCUGUUUUCACAGUCUGUAUUACAUACAAAAGUUUACGCUAUCACAUGCCCAUCUGCCACUCAACAAAGCUAGAGAAGACAGGAUAACAUGCCCAAAGCUUUCAGACCUCUGGUAUUCUUCCCCUCCUUUCGCUCCAGUAUCUUCUUCACUGUGUUUCCCCCACAUCUAACCAUAGGUUCCAGAAAUGGCUGGCAUUUUGCACAUGCAAGAUAAAUGGAGACAUUUCAGAUGAAGAUGUCAGACAUGGUGAAUUAAUCAAGAGGGGAAAAAUACAGUUAAAUAUUUGCUUAGCUAGAUGCUAACAAGUUUUUCACAGGGACAUCCUUCAGAUUAAACAUUUAUUCAUCCUCCUCAAAAAGACUUUCAGUUGCAGCACAGAAACACUAAAACUUUUCAGUGCACUCUGAAAGAAACCAAAAGAAAGUAAAGAUAAUGCACCUUUGAAAACAAGACCACAGUUCUGAUCUGCUCUUAGUUGCUAUUGCUCACCAUGGAUUGGGAUUCAUUUGAUGCCUCCAGAAGUUCCUUUACUUUCUUCACACUAACUUAACUGUUGUAAUUAGGGCUUACCAAAGAGAUUAGGAGAGGGAUCCAUUUUGAUCUAAGAGAUGUAAAAUAGCAAGAUAAGGAAUUUGGUCAUCAACUCUCCCUUUAAAUGCUUUCUUUCUGGAAACUGACAUUGUGACAACUCAGCUCUCAGGGCCUCUCAUUUAAUGCCAGGCAUGAUCAAAGAGGAGGUAUUUGCAUUUUCUGAUCUUCCAUUUCUUGGUCUAAAACCUGAGGUAAGCACUUCUACCUCGCAGAUUUUUGGGAGCAUGCAAAUAUUUUGCUAAUGACUCUCUCCCAUGACGACAAGGGAAAGUGUUCUAUUGCUUUCCUCUAGGUAGUGAAAGUUAGUUGGAGUCAUUUAACAAGGUGUUCAUCCAACACUGUGCACAGUAUCUCUUGCCUCCAUUUUGAAUCACUUGGGGAGGAAGCAAAGUUUGUAGUGCUAAAUGGGAGUUACCAUUGAUCUACAUACAUUACCUUCUGAGAACUGCUAUGGUUCAGCUAAUGCAUCUGAAUAGGCAUGAAAGGUUCCUACCCCAGGAAAAAGAAAAAAGAGAAAGAAAGCAGCAGUGGAACAUCUAAGAGGAAACAAAACAAACCCCUUCAAAUCUUACUUAGCUCCCUAUAUGCACUAUCCCACACACAGUUUCUGCCACUGUUGCUAAUAUAUUCCACCAUCCCCCAUAACCAUAAUUCUUUUUGAAUCUUCUGCUCCUGUCUCAGCCUACGCGAGUUUAGCAAUCAGUGAACUCAAGUGGUGAGAGAACAUGAUGGCAUUUCCUCAGGUUCACAGUGUGUGCGAUGGGAAUUGCAUCCCAUCUCUUGAGGAGGUGGUGUAUUUUUGUGGAGAACAAGCACAACCAUUCAGAUGGCAGAACUGGCUCCAGCAACACUAUGGUGCCCUUGGUUCAAACGGAAACAAGCAGAAUACAUACAUAAU